GUCUAUAAAUUUUUAUUUGGUCACAGAAACAGAAUGUGGGUGCUGUUGUUAUUUUUCUUUAGAGUUGUUUUACCUUAAAUAAAUAAUAAAAAAGGUUUAAAAUUUCUUAUAGAAUAAUAAAAAAUUCAAUACAUCCAAGUGCAUAAUAAAAUGAACAUUUGAAUUCAAUUCUCAAUAAAAUACCGACUGUACAAAGUAAAAAAAAUAAAAUCAAUAGAGACCCCCGAGACGAGCACAGCAGAAAGCAAAAAGAAAGAACAAAUAAAAAUCAAGAAGAAAAAAAAAACUUCAAAUCAUCGUCGAAAAAAAGAACAAAACAAAGUUAAUUUGUAUUUGAAGAAUUAAUAAAAAAUACAAAAAAAAACGGAUGUGGAUUAAAUCGCUGAUCAAAAAAGUAAUUGCACCCAAACAGCUGGGAAUUAAUAAAGAAUUAAAUUAUUAACUAAAAUAAGGCCGCAGAGGUUUUUUUUGAUGAACUCCGACGGCAAGAACGCAGACGACGAAGCUUCAAGAUUACCUGAAGAAUCGUCGUCUAAUAAUAUCGAAGAAGAACAAUCACAGCAAGCAAAUAUAAAUAAUAUCGUUACCACCACUUCAUCAUCAGACUUAUCACAAUCAUCAACAAAAAAUAAUUUUAACUCAGACAAAAACGCAAUAACGUCACCAACGACGACAGUAACAACACCAACACGUAAUAACGAUACGCCCGACAUGAAACGCACCGCAGUUAAAGAACUAAUAGAACGUUACUUCUAUCAGCUGCAAAAAGGCUGUGGCAAUCCCAAAUGCACGAACAAAUACUGUGCGUCCAGUGGUGAAGUAGAACAAAUGACACCGAAUCAAAUUGCAGCCCGUGCCAUUCAACUAUUCUCACAGGAUGCAAAAUUAUGCGACUCAUAUAGUCAGCCAUCGAAAGUAGCAAGGACAUCGGCUGAUAUGAAUGAAGUACCAUCUUCAAGCAGCCAACUGCCAUCACCAAGUACGAAGUCGAAAACGAUUUCUAACAAUGAGGCUCACACUCAACCAUCAACAUCUAGUCAUUUUCAACUUAAUCCAGACUUAUUUUUAACAAAAAACAAAAAGUCCUGUGAAAAUAUCUCAUCACUCUCCUCGCCCAGUCCAAAAUAUUUGGAUGAAAAAAUUAUUGAUGAUCUUCUAGAAAAAUGCAAACAACAAAACUCCUACACAGAGCUAACCCAAGCUCUGGAUGGAACAUUUUCCAGCUUCGAAUCAUUGAGUAAAAGUUUUGUACAUCAAGAAACCGAAGCCAUAAAUAAACUUCUUGAAAAGGCCGGCAAAUCUGACUUGAAAUCAAUGAAAAAAGAAGAUUUACGCACAUUAGAGGGCGAGACUGACAAAGAUGAAGACAGCAGUGCUGAAAUCGAAGAGAAACCCAAAGAUCCCAGUGAUACGACAGUGGAUUUGCUUAGUCUUCGAAGAUCUCUUAUAAAACUAUUUAAACUUGACAAUUCAGCAAUUGUUGAUUCUAUAAAUGGGGCGAUUGAUGGCCUCUUUAUUGGCUUAUCCGGUGACCUUAGGCUGAAAAAGACUAAUAAUUAUUUGGAAGAAGGCAUGUUGCAUUGUUUUGUAAUUGCAUUUGAAAUUGCUCGAGCUGCAGCUCCAGAUUAUAUCGAACGUGCACUGCCUACUGUAUGUAAAGCCGCAUCUCUAUUAUCAGUUACACUGCGAGCACGACUUGCUAAAAUAUGGGCAAAACAUUCUAAAGACAACCUUCACAGUCUAAUAAUAUCCCUACAGCAGUUGAUAACUCUUGAAGUUAUUAUUGAUAGCGGUCCAGUGCAGGGAAAUGCAUACAUCACAGCAGCAACAAAAACACUUAAAAUUGUAUUUUAUGCCAAUAUUCUUGCUGGUCAAUUGGAGUCUACAAAAGCAGCCGAUGCAGAGUUGGAUGAUGCACCAGCGAAUGCCGAAGAUGAUGAUUAUUUCUUCUAUCAGCAACCAACAAAACCACUUUCACAGAAAUUUCCAGAGGAUAAAUUAGAAGCCGAAUUGGGUGUUUCGGCGAUAGACUGCCGGGUGCCCUUGGUGCCUUUUGAAGAAUUCUACAAUGAACCGUUGAGUGAUGAAAUACAAAUGGAUCGAGAUUACUUGGCAUAUAAGAAUUUGUUACUCGAUGCAAAUGGGGAAGAAUUUGAUUUCACAUUUAUGCUGUAUUCCUUUAUUCUAACGCCGGCGAAAAAAGUGAUAGCCUUGUACUAUGACAGCAGAAUUCGUAUGUACAGCGAACGCAAUCUGUCAAUGUUCACUGCAGUGAAUUAUUUUGGGGGCGACAACGAAAUUGGACCAAGGCCCUAUUUAAAAUUGAAAGUUCGUCGGGAGCACAUUAUAGACGAUGCUCUGGUUGAGUUGGAAAUGGUAGCCAUGGGAAGUCCAAAAGACUUUAAGAAACAACUAGUAGUAGAAUUUGUCGGUGAACAAGGUAUCGACGAAGGAGGUGUAUCAAAAGAAUUUUUUCAAUUAGUCGUAGAGGAAAUUUUCAAUCCCGAUUUUGGUAUGUUUACUUAUCAAGAAGACACGAAGACUGUUUGGUUCAACUCGUCACCUUUCGAAAAUGAGGCCCAAUUUACACUAAUAGGAAUAGUCUUAGGCUUAGCUAUCUACAACAAUAUUAUUUUGGCUGUGAAUUUCCCAAUGGUUGUCUAUCGCAAGCUAAUGGGAGGACAUGGGUCAUUUUAUGACCUUGCCGAUUGGAACCCAACUCUAUAUCGUAGUUUAAAAUCAAUGCUUGAUUAUGAUGGCAGCGAUAUGGAAGAUAUAUUCAUGCAAACCUUCAAAAUAACUUAUAGUAAUGUUUUUGGUGAAACUGUGGAACAUGAACUUAAAGCCAAUGGCGAUGAUAUUGCAGUUAAUCAGGAGAACAAACAAGAGUUUGUUGAUUUGUAUAGUGAUUUCUUGUUGAACAAGAGUAUUGAACGACAGUUUAAGGCGUUUAAAAAAGGUUUUGAAAUGGUUACUGAUGAAUCUCCACUGAAAUUGCUUUUCCGUCCUGAGGAGAUUGAGUUACUUGUUUGUGGUAGUCGAAAUUUUGAUUUUGUAGAGCUGGAAAAAUCUACAGAAUAUGAAGGUGGCUACACUAGCGAUUCGCAAAUUAUCAAAGACUUUUGGAGUAUAGUACAUUCUCUGCCAGAUGAAUCGAAGAGGAAACUCUUAGAAUUUACCACCGGUUCAGAUCGAGUACCUGUGGGUGGUUUGAGUCGUCUGAAAUUGCUCAUUACCCGCCAUGGAUCGGACAGCGAUCGUUUGCCAACGAGUCAUACCUGUUUUAAUGUUUUACUCCUGCCUGAGUAUAGCAACAGAGAAAAAUUAGAAGAAAGAUUACUCAAAGCAAUAAACUAUUCAAAAGGUUUCGGGAUGCUAUAAUGUUUCAAAACAAUCGAAUGCAAAAAACAAAAAGAAAAAACAAAGUUAAUAAUGCGGUGUGUGAAAUGUUUAGAAGUUUGUUUUAUUUCAACAUUGAUUUUAUUUUUAUAUGUCUAAUAAAAGCAAGGCGCGCAGAGUAUAUUUAUAGAAGAAAACAAUAAACAAAGAAAUAUACAUUGUUUGCCUUUUGCUUACAGGUUACAAAUUUAAA